AUGGACGUUGUACUCCUUGCCGGCCUUGCGGCUGUAGCGCAGGCGCAGCAGAUCUACGUCACGACGACAGGGUAUACGGCGCGUCCGGAGUGUACAGCAGGUGCGAAGCCGACGCCUAGUUAUCGCUUUGAGGAGUUCUCGUUUACGCAGAGUGAGACUGUUCGGUAUGCUACCUCUGUCCCCUCCCCGACAACGACACACACGUUUGGACCAGGGUAUAGCGAUGCCCUGGAUAAACUAGGGACUAUGCUGUCCACUACUACCUGGGGCAGCUGGGUACCGGGAAAAACAAGCAUCUCAGCCACAGAUACAGACGAUAAAUAUGGCCAGGCAGCAUGGUCGUCGCAGUGGGAGGCCGCCAGCCUGGCGAAUUAUACAGCUAUCGGCCUCUACACAACCACCGCCAGCCCUACCCCUAUUCCCUCGUCUGAGCUCGUCCUCCCACCCCGCGACUACUUCGGUCCGACCGACUGCUACAAUUUCCCGGAUGACUUCCUCUUCGGCGUUGCCGGUUCCGCAGCGCAAAUCGAGGGCGCCAUCGGACUGGAAGGCCGUGCCCCGACUCUACAGGAGAAACUGAUCCAGGACGACUCCCCGAAGAACUACGUCACCAACGAGAACUAUUACCUGUACAAGCAGGAUAUCCAACGCCUUGCCGCAAUGGGGGUGAAGUACUACAGUUUCUCCAUCCCGUGGACGCGCAUCCUCCCUUUCACCGUCCCCGGGAGUCCAAUCAACGAGCAGGGCAUCAAGCACUACAACGAUCUGAUAAAUUAUAUCCUAGAAGUUGGAAUGCAGCCGGUCGUGACGAUGCUACACUUCGACUCGCCGCUAUAUUUCCUCAAGGACGCGAAUCUCUCUGCCACUGCUGAUAUCGGGUACAGCAACGGCGGAUACUGGCAUCCUGAAUUCGUGGAGGCAUUCGUCAACUACGGAAAAAUACUGUUUACGCAUUUCGCCGAUAGAGUCCCCGUCUGGACGACGUUCAACGAACCGUUGCUUUAUGCAUUUAACUUUACCGGGAUAGAUAAUGUGGUUCGCGCACAUGCAGAGCUAUACCACUACUACCACGACACCCUCGGCGGGACAGGGAAAGUCGGAUUCAAACUAAACAAUAACUUCGGCGUACCCAGGAAUCCAAAGAAUGAGAGCGACGUCAAGGCGACGGACAGAUUCAACGAGAUGCAGCUGGGUCCAUUCGGGAAUCCGCUGUGUCUGGGCGAGCAGUACCCUGAUUCUAUCCUUGAGACUCUCCCCGGGGCAACGGCGCUCAGCGAGGAGGAUCUUGAGUAUGUCGCCAAUACGACAGACUUUUUCGGUAUAGAUCCGUACACGGCGACAGUGAUCUCGGUCCCAGCUGGUGGGAUAGAGGCAUGCUCAAGCCAGAAUAUGGAAAUCAACCCGUUAUACCCGUACUGCGUGACGCAGGAAACAACGAACAUCUUCAACUGGGACAUUGGAUACCGCUCGCACAGCUACGUCUACAUAACACCGACAUAUCUACGCUCAUACCUAUCCUAUCUAUGGAACACAUUCCGCAAGCCAGUGAUAAUCGGCGAAUUCGGGUUCCCCGUUUACGAAGAAUCAAAGCGUGAUCUGGUAGAUCAACUCUUCGACUCGCCGCGGAGUACAUAUUACCUCUCGUUCCUAUCCGAGACGCUCAAGGCAAUCUGGGAAGACGGGGUUCAUGUCCUAGGUGCGUUUCCAUGGAGCUUCAUGGAUAAUUGGGAGUUUGGGGACUAUGACAGCCAGUUUGGGAUUCAGGUUGUGAAUCGCACGACGCAGGAGAGGUUCUUUAAGAAGAGUUUCUUUGAUGUUGUUGAUUUUGUAGGGGCGCGAGGAGGAUUGGGGUAUUAG